CUCGUGCUCAGAGCUCAGUCAGCAUUUGACUCAGUAGUGGCAGCAGGGGAUCUAGGAUUUCCACUUGUCAGUUAUACUCCCAGAUACCGAAAUCAAGUGCAUCCCCUCAGCUAAAAUGUCAAAGUUGGAUCAGGUCCUUAUUCUUGACCCUCCCGCCGACCUCAGAUUUAAAGGUCCUUUCACAGAUGUAGUUACCACGAACCUCAAAUUGAAGAACCCUUCUGACAAAAGAGUGUGUUUCAAAGUGAAGACAACUGCACCUCGCAGGUACUGUGUACGGCCAAACAGCGGCGUCAUCGAUGCAGGAGCAACUGUCAUUAUCUCUGUCAUGCUACAGCCCUUUGACUAUGACCCCAAUGAGAAAAGUAAACACAAAUUCAUGGUGCAGACAAUUUUUGCCCCACCAAAUGUUUCGGAUAUGGAUUCAUUGUGGAAAGAUGCAAAACCUGAGGAUCUCAUGGAUUCCAAGCUGAGAUGUGUCUUCGAACUGCCUUCUGAAAACGAUAAAGUGAAUGACGUGGAGGCAACCAAAGCGGCCCCGGUCAUGAACUCCGUAAAGGCCGAACCAUCACCGGUGCCUGUCACUGCCUCACCAGACGAUUCGGAGAUGAAGAAAGUUCUGGAGAAGUGCAAGAGGCUUCAAGCUGAGAUGAACAAGCUGGCUGAGGAGAACCGGCAAUUAAAGGAUGAAGGUCUUAGAAUGAGAAAGGUACCCCGUUCAGACCACAUGACAACAAACUCAACCAGCCUCCUCGGCCGAGAAGCCAGCACCGCCUCCCUGCCCUCCCUCCUUGUCGUCAUAGCAGCCAUCUUCAUCGGAUUCUUCCUAGGGAAGUUCAUCUUGUAGACUGGGAGAUGCAUGCCAGCCGUAUCCCCACUCCCCCCUCCUGCUCCCCCCUCUCCCCCUUCGACUCCGGAAUAAAAACAGGCCUGGAAAAACCGAGAAGUCUUUCUGUUGACUUUGCCAUAUCAUUGGUAGUGUGGCCGACAGUGAACACAUCUGUACAGCAUCAUUCGAAGGCGUCGCCCUUUUUACAGUCUCACACGGUUAGUACACACAGAGAGUUGAGAAAAGAAAGGCGACACACAAGUGAUUGCUCCCCCUUCUCUUUUUUUUGUUUUCUUUAUUUUUUGUGAUGGCUGGAUUAUACAGAUUAUAUGCCGGGACAAUGAAAGUUGUAUACUAUCAGUCAAUGGAAGUUGCACCUAGAGUGAACCAUGGGCAAAGAGGCAGACAUAAAGAUUAGAUUUUUCUUUCUCAGUCACUCUCUCUGUUGUUUUUAAUAGGAAUUGAAUUGAUUGUUAGGUGUCUUGUAAAUGUUGUUUUAAAUCCUUUUAAACAUAAAAAGGACAGACUUCCAUCAUAACAACCUUGCUACCUGUUGCUGGAUUGCCUCUGAAGUAAAUUUGUUCAGUUUGUAAUUUCUACUUCUUCUUGUCUUGGAAUGUUCACGUCCAGCUGGGGAUUAUAGGUGCCUCCUUCUUGUACAUUUCUGUCCUUUUCCUUUUCUUCACACACCAAUACAGACUUUAUAUUAUUAUUAUUAUUAUUACUAUUAUGAUUAUGAUGAUUAUUACUAUUAUUAUUAUUAUUAUUAUUAUUAUUAUUAUUAUACAAAUCAUAUAUUCCUUGAGGCAAAUAUUGACUGAAAUAAGGUCUCCAUUCUUAAAAAUCCUGUCCCAUGGUAUUAAGCAUUGAAAAAAUAAAAAUGAAAAAAUGUGGUUUCGA